AUGUCCUCCUCACGAUACGCCCUCAACGGUCUCGCCUCUCUCCCCCCAGAAGUCCAUCACAUGGUCGCCGACUACCUGCAGUACCCGGACUUGCUGUCCCUGAAACUCACAAACACCUACUUCGCCGGCCUGGUGGAGCCGAAACUCACCGUCAAAUCGCGCGUCGGCUGGGUCCAGGCCAGAUACGCCCAGCACCUCCCCGUGCCUACCAACACCCGGCUCUCGUUCAAGACGGACGCGCUGUUUGUCGGAAACCCCGAAGUCAAAGCAAUCCUGAGGCGUCGGAGGCGCCAUCUGGAGUGCACAAACCAUGAGCGCGGAAGUGCCUUUGUGUUCUCCAUGUUCGCUGCCCCCAUCGACGUCCCCGCCCGUGAAGGUGCCCGCCCGUGGACCAAAGUCUGCCUCGUCACGGGUAACGGGGUGUGUCCUCGCUUCCAGGAGCUAGAGGCCAAGGCGAAGUGGUACAAGAACAGCGUGCUGGGGAGACUGGCGGGCCCCGUCCUAAAAACAAUCGCUUGGCUGAGACCGUCGCAGCAAGAUCACCAUGAUUCAUUGACGCGGUUUGUAGCGGGAACGCUGCGCGCCUCGAGGUUUCAGCUUGAACAUGCUCUGGCAAUGGCAAAGAUCGCCUUGAUAAUUUUGGUUCUCUGCAUCCUUUGCCAUUGGAAUGUCAUCUCUUCUCCGGACGCGCCUCACGGCAUUGUCGUGAUGCGAUGA